UUAACGAGGAAGUGAUGGCUAUAAACAGCAUUUAGUUAAUCAUUUUUUCUGUAUUGUUUCGAAGACAUGAUAUAAUUCGAAAAUGGGUUAUAAGACAUUUUUUAAUUUAUCCUGAAAAUCCUGAUCAGACAUCUGUGGUGAUUGCUGAAUGGUGCAAAUCUCAACGUGGAUCAAAGAAAUUUUAAAGUAAUUCAACUUAGCAACGUAUAAAGCAUAUUUUUUAAUUCUUAAUAGCACACACAAUCUAAUAAUAAUAAACAUCAAUAAAUAACAGUGGACAAAGAAUAGAAAAUACCUGUUAAUGGAAUUUACUGAUGAAAGGAAUAUCCGCUCAAAGGAGGAUGUAUGUCUGGUGUUGGACCUAGCUACAAUCAAAGAAUCUGAAUUAAAUCCUGUAACACAAUGUCUAUAUCCUGUACAAGAUCACAAGAUUGAUAAUUUGAUGUUAUUAGAAGUAGACAAGCACAUAAUGGAAGAAUUGAAUAAAGGAGAUACAGUGUCAUUUCGUGGCGGUAAGCAUGAUGAUGCUAUGUUAUGUACAAAAAAUCAGACUUAUGAAAUUAAAGAAGCUGAGAUAUCCAAUUCGUGGUUGUUGGUACCAAACUUGAAGUUGAAUGAGGCAACAUAUACACAGGAAACAACUGAUAGAAUUAUAGAGAGAAAAGAUAUAAGGAAGAUAUUUUCUUCGUAUUAUGAGGUAAAGGAAAUCAAACCUAAUCUGACAAAUUUGUCCACCCUUCUUACUCCAUCGUCCUUUAAUGGAUUGGAAUAUGAAUCUAUCAUAGAUCAAGGGACUUUGUACACUUGGGAAAGAUUGCAGAAUGAAUUACAAGCUAGUGAUUAUGAGUUAAAGCAAGCUUUGGAGGAUUUUUUGAUAGCUAAUAUAGAUGGAUAUUUGCGUCUCGUGUCGCUCGAUGUGGAAGGAAGAAGUGUGAAUUUGAUGUUGGAUUAUUUUGUAGAACAAUCUUGGGAGCUUGAUGAAGUAGAUAAGGAGAAUACUUACGAAUGUUUGAAGGAACUUAUUUAUGAGCCAGUAUUUAACGUAAUAUUUAAAAAAUAUACAGGUCCAAGUACAAAAACGAAAACUGACGGUAGUUCAUUGUACAAAUACGAUGAAGGGAAAUGUUGCGCCAUGAUAGCAAAGUUUCUUUUGGCUGCUUCUCCCGUGACUGAGUACAAAGAAUUUAUGGAGAUAUGGAAAAAUGGGUCUCCCGAAAAAAUGCAGCCGAAAGAAGAAUAUUUAUGUGGGUUGGCUCUUGUAAUAUACAACACCUCGAAGAUGCAGAAGGAAGUUGUAUCUUGUCCGGAAACGGAUUUACCGAACAACAUUCACGACAGACUUAACGAACUCUUUAAAAUUAAGGCUAAAUGGACUCCCGAAGAAAUAACACCUUAUAUCAUGCGUUUCACAAGAGGCACAAUGAAUGCCAAUGCACUCCUAACGAAAUACGCCAGAUGUUCCACUAAAAACGGGAUAAAGUAUUACAGCUCGAAACACGGCAAGUAAUUUCUACUUUAACAAUAUUUUUUUGUACGUUUUAUACGCAGUUGAAUGUUUUAAUAGAUACACAUUUUAGAGAUAGAUAUGUAUCUCCGAUACAUGUGUGUAUUAUUUAUUACUUAUAUUAAUGUCAGGAUAAUAGGAUUUGUAGCAACACCUAAAAAAUGUUGAAAUCAUAUGCGCAGUUUAUUUUGCUCGUGAUCAUGAUACAUAGUUACAUUUACACAAUUUAUAAAUAUUUUUAAGAUGAGAAAUGAGAUUACAUAUGAUUUAUUUUUAUCAUCUCUUGCUUAACCGACAUAACAGCGACAUUAUCGGUGGUACAUUGUUGUUAUCUCACCGCUUAAAAGACCAUAAUGUUAUAUAUUAGAGAAUAAUUAUUAAUUUCAAUGGCCAACAAUUAUGUCAUUCCAUUGACUAUGAAAUUGCCGUUUUAUCAUAGAAGCAUCUCGCUAUUGCUCAAGUAAAAUUUUUCGUUAAUGCACUUGACAUUAUCAAUAGUUAUAUAAUUGAAUAUAACAUAUUUCUUGGAAAUACAGUGAAUUGAAUGAUUCCUGGGCCAUUCCUAAAUUGGAUGUAAUCUCAUUAUGAGCUAUUACGUGUCAAAUAAUAAAAUUUACCUCAAUAUAUGAUACAAAGUAAAAAUAAAAUCGUUUCGUUUAUGAAUAAUGCUGUGGAAAACUUGAGGGAAAGUACACACACACACACAAAGAUCUGUCUAUAUAAAUAAAUAUCUUUAUAAAAAAAUUUGGGAACCAAAUUUAUAUAUGACUUGUAGAAUAAUGUCUUUUAUAAACCUGAAAGAAAUACUCGUAAUAGUAAGUAAUAUAAUUCGGUAUAUGAAACCAAAGUGAUAAGACUGCUAUAGAAAAUGUGUAUACAUAGUAUACGUGUCAUUACUUUACAAAAUGCAUCAGUUAAAUUGGGAUUGGCUCGAUCGCUAACAUAUCGUUUCUCUCUCAAAUAUAGCAUAAUAAAUAUCAUUUAUAUAAUAUACGCUCUCUCUCUCUCACACAACAUAAGUUAAAGAAGCGGUUCAUACUUUCGAUAGAAAGAUGCCAUCAAUAAUUAUAAAUACUCAUUACGAAUUCUUGAGAUAGAACUGCUUCACGUUCUAACUUAAUGAAAUUUACAAAGCAAAUGUUAUAUUCUUUCGAGCAUGCGAGCACGCCUUGGCACAUGAAUCUUUAAAGCCACAUACCAUUUAAUAUAUCGAAUUUACAAUUCACAAACUACGAGAAUCUCGCUUCAUGUCAAUUAUAACGUUCCAAGCAAAAUGUGUCAAUAUAACGUAACAUAAUAUUCUGAGAUAUGAAGAACAUUCCUUGCGAGUGAGAGACUGAGCUUUCCCAAGAACACAAAAAAAGAUUAAUCGUAAAAUGGAGUAUCUUUUCUUUCGUCUUUCGAACAUCUGGAUGUGAAUUUCAUAAAUGCGCCGUAUAUAUGCACAUAUCGUCGCAAACUGCACUGAUGAGCUAUUAAUGAUAUUCUUAUGUAAAGAUGGAACUUCUUAAAAAUAUCGUCUCGUAGGAACUGACUCGCUGAAAAAUGGUUUUUGCCUUUUAUCAAAACAUCUCGUAUAAAUGUCGCAAAAUUGUACGAAUCAUUAAAUAAUUAUCUAAUAGAAA